AUGCCCGGCAAACACAACCUCCCGCCCAGUAAGACGUGGGGCACCCGCUUCGACUCCCUCCGUACAGUCCCAGCCUCCCCGCCGCCGCUCAAGAUCACGACUGCCAGCGCAGCACUGGCCCAUGUGCCUUCCACCCCGGCUAAGAAUACCCUAAGCUCGAACGACAGCACCGUUUUCGUAGGAAGCCUCCCGCCCAACGUUGACCACGUUGAGAUCAGCCACCGCCUCGCAGAUCACCUCCAGGACUAUGCUGACAUCAAAAAGGUCAAAGUUAUCCGCGACCAUCGCGGCGGCGCCUGCGCCUUCAUCCAGUGCAAGGCAAGUCUCUUGCCGACUCGGACGCCGCCAAGCAGUUCAUACGCGACGUUCAUGCGCGUCCGCCGCCGCCGUUCUUGGGCCGCAACCUCCGCUUCGAACAGGCCCGGUCUUCGCGUACCCUCCUCUUCUCCUAUCGCGCGCCCCUACGUGUGCUCGACGAUCUGGGCAAUGUUGAGCACCUUGAGCCCGCAGGCGCGAUGCGCUUAUUUCGACCUCCUGGCGAGCGGCAUAUACAUUGCUCCUCUGUAUAACGCCGAGGCUAUCCACUUCCAAACGCACCUAAAUCAGGUCGUUGAACCCGCAAGUCCGUUUGAUAAUGGCGGACUGCUCUUCGCACCCCUUCGCUACGACGCCCAGACACUUCAUACGAUUGUCUCCGCGUUCGGUCCCAUUGAACACCUCCUUCCCUACCAACCGGACACCCUAGACGGCUCGUACCCUUCUCCCCACGAUGCACUUCGCUCUCCGGUCAUGGACCCUACUUGCUGGGAAGUCAAGUGGGAGCAACGCGAGGAUAGCAUGGCCGCUCUCAUGGCUCUACGCGCUGUGCCACACAUCUCAGUCUCGUGGGCUCAUCUGGCCGGCCAACGACCUGGCGAAUUGUUGGCGUCGCCUUUCACUCCUUCAGUUCGUCUUCAUCCCUAUGUUGGAACUCCCUCGACGUGGAUAUCGCCUCUUCGCAUACAUGACACCAGAUCCGGUCAUAUGAUGAUCAAACCAAUGGCUCCGCUUACUCUUCUACCCCCCGCUGAGUCUGAUGGUGAAGGAGAGACCAACACGGCCGCGGCCACUUACGCGCCUACGCCUCGUGCCAGCAUCGAUGCUGGCACUCCUGACGAUGAUGAGUCCGAACCGGCCAUGAUGGGUACUCCAGCUGCACAAUUGCGGCGCGCUGCGACAACGCCACAUUCGGCCGUCAGUGUACUCGCCAGCGGAAGCCCUGUACGAGUGACGGCUAGCUUGCGUACGAUUCAUGAUCAGGCACCUUAUCAUGAAGACCAUGCAGCUAGCGGUCCACAACACAACAUGACAGCACCUAUGCUCACACUUGACACGGCUAUGCAUGCUGCGACGCAAGGCCGUGUUUCUCUCGAAGAGGCCUUCCGUGCGCUCGCUGUCUCGCGCAACACGUCCGCGGAUGACUCGACCACUAUGUUGACGCCUACGAGUGCCGCUGCGCCUAUGGAGACGCCCGACACGCCGCACGAGUUGCAUCAGUUCCAAGACAGCGAUUGCCGGGACGAGAGUGAUAAGCCCGCCAUACGCUCACUCCCGCCUCACAUUGCGCUCUCCACCAAGCAGAAACUUGAUCAUUCAACUAUCUUUGUUGGCGGCUUGGAGAUGUACGGUCCAAACGCCUGGAACGAGGACCGCAUUCAGGAUAUAUUUGGCUGCUACGGUGAGAUCGAAAACAUCAAGUUCAUCCGUCCCAGUACAAAGAAGUCGGCUUUCGCAUUUGUGCGAUUCUGCGAUACAGAGUCCUCCGCGCGUGCUGUCAAACUGGAGCACAACAAGACGUACCAUAACCGCCAGAUUCGCGUCCAAAUUCGCGAGCAUAACCCGCAGCGGCCCGUAUUCGCCUUCUCGCGUGCGGCGACGGCUGCUAUCGCCCAGCGCACGCAACAACAACAGCCUCGUCAGCGCUGGCCGAGUACCGAGCAACAACGUGCCGCGCAGCUUCAAGCUCAGCCAAUGCGUCCGCCGCUGCCGCCGCGCCAUUCAUCAAGCAGUGCUGCAUCGUUGGCUGCGAGCCCGACCCGCUCCGUUACCUCAACGCGUCCCUCAUCGAUCGUCGUGGCUACGCCGGACCCGUUCGUCGUCAACCCGCACGCUCAGCAGCAGCAGCACAUGCAGAAUCAACCCCAGACCGCCACUCCUGCCCGUGCACCGCUCUCUGUGCAACAGCCACCGACGCCGAUGACUACCUCCCAGUCGCAGAAUGUGGGACAACCGUCCAGCGCAGGGUAUUUCGUGCCGCAUCAAUACAUGAUGCCUCCAUUCGCGUAUCAAAUGCCGUUCGCACCCUAUCCCAACUUCGUUCCUCCUCCGCAAGGACACGGUCACGAAGCUGGAACACCGCCCGUUGGGAUUCCGCCUGGCGCUCAGCUCUUCUCAUAUCCGUACCCGGUGGUUGCGCCCGCGCUGCCUUCCACAGAGCGCCCGUCCUCUGCUAGCGAGCACCAGCGCCCGGGCCAAAUCCCUCCACUCAUGCCGACCUCCUUCGUGCAGGGAGAGCAUGGUCUUAUGCCCGUCUACUCUCCCGAGGCUCUCGAUCGCUAUAUGCACAUGAUGCACGCCCACACCUCAGGUGGGCCCUCAACGCCCGGAUCGCACGAACGACCACCGUAUCCCACUCAGGCUGGAUCGAUACCUGGAUGGCCCGGUAUCAUGUAUGGGUACCCGCCCCCGAUGCCCCCCGCGAGCCCAAGCCACGCGCACAGUAUGAGUUGGUAUCCUCCCGUUCCGUUCGGCAUGCCAUACAACAACGCAGCUCCUGUUGCCUCUGGGACUGUACCGGGCCAGCCGCUGGCGCCUAUCAACGUGAAUGCGCUCAUCCCAGCAAGCUGUCCCCCAUCUGUUCCUAGCCAACCCGGUGGUCGUGCAGGCCCGCGCUCCAUAGCUGAGAACAUACCUGCUGGAGAGAGCCGGUCUGUUGCCAACAAUGGUGGAGGCAAGCGUUUGACCGCGCAGACUCGCGAGCUUUACGGCGACGUACAUGUCCCGGUCAUUGGCGCGGGCCCGCCGCCAAUCCCGCCUUCCGGACGUGCUCCUAAGCAACAGCAUCGCAAGGGUUCGGCGAGUAUGGAGGUCAACCAAGCAUCCCCUGAACGCGGCCAGAAUGUCACCGAGAGUCGGAGCUCGCCACUGGUCAAUCGGGCGAUUGCGGCUCAGAGCGUGCAAGCCCAGCAGUGA